AUGGAUGAGAUUUCUAGGAUUAGGAAAUCCACUAUCCUAGAAAGCUUGGUCAAAUUCUGUGAUGCAAUUAAAACUCUCUACACGAAGGAUUACCUCUGCAAACCUACGCCUAAGGACUUGCAAAAAGAUGAAGCUCAAGGAUCUCAAAAAGACCUCAACGUGCUCGGUCAAUCCUUGAUGUUCAACGAUGUGUUGAGAGCUCAAGCCCUUCAAAUCACGUAUGAAAUCAACAAUAUCGUCUACGAGGGUGGGUACUACCAAGGAGACGGAAUUUACCCGAAGUGGAUGACAUUCGUUAAAACAAUUUCGCAUCUCCAGUCAGAGAAGGAAAAAUCUUUUGUUGCCUAUUAA